AUGGCCAUCCGCUUCCUGGCGCAGCGUCACCACGCGCGGCAAACACAUUGUGGCGGCCGCUGUCGCUCCGGCAACUGCAACGGUCGCUCGGGCGACCGAAGCUACCGCCGCGGCGGCGACAGAGCCGGGAAGGUGGCCCGUGUGAGCUGGUCAGUCGGCUCGUCGGGGGCUCGUGUGAGGGUCGCGGCACUCCCGGACGAGGAGACGACGGCGGGGGGACGGCUCGACUUCGGGACAGUGCAGCAUCGCCGGGAGCCGACGAUGGCCACCGUGCAGAGAGAGGGCUCAGUUGCCAUCCUGGGCAACCGUGACCAGCCGUUCAGCUUCACCGAGGAGUUGCGGGUGUUGACGACGCAUACCCCACCAUUCGUCAUCAUUGACCAGGAGCCCUCAGGCAACUUGACGCACAGCGGCUACCUGAUCGACCUAUGGAACAUCAUCAGCGCGGAGCUGGACUUGCGGUACCGCCUGCUGCCGCCGAGACCCGGAGGCUACGGGGCACUGCUGCACAACGGCAGCUGGACCGGCAUGGUCGGCGAGCUGGCAGAAAAGCGCGCCGAUCUGGCAGUGACCCAUCUGCUUCACCGUGCUGACCGUGCUGCCGUCCUGGACUACGUGGACAUGGUGCCCAUCUGGUGGGCCCGCCACGGCUUCUACAUGCGAGCCGGCGAGAGAGACACCGCCGCCCUCUCUGGCGACAUGUUCGCCUCGCUGCUGCGGCCACUACAUCAGCACGUCUGGCUCAUGCUCUUUCUCUCUUUGGUGGCGCUGGCCAUCGUGCUCGUCACCUCAGUCCGCCUGAGCCGCGGACCCGCCGAGAGUGGACCGACCCGCCGCGAGUUCUCCUUCGGCUACAGCUGCCUCUCCGUCCUGAUGACGGUGACCGGCCAGGGCUGGGCUGUUAUCCCGGAUUCCGGCUCGGCUCGAAUAGUCACCUUCACCAGCUGGUUCAUAGGCCUGUUGAUCACCUUCCACUACACGGCCAACAUGAUCUCGCAUCUGACGGCGGUGCAGCCGGCGGCGCCCAUCAGCAGUCUGGCAGAGUUCGCCAACAGCAACGACUGGACGCUGGCCGUAGAGGACGGUUUCGGUAUCAUCGGCUCCUGGGCGCAGAAGAGUCCCGUGCCGGCCGAGCGUCACCUGUAUGAGCGGAUCGCCUCCGGGGAGCGGUUCCUCGGGCUGAACGCCACGCCGGAGGCGUUCCUCGCCGCCGUCCAGCCGCGCACCCUGCUCUACCACGACCAGGACCUCGUCAUCACGGCUAUCGGCGAGGAGGCGUGUCAUCUUCUACCGCUGGACGAGCCCGGCCGCAAAAGCAGACCGCAGGCUACUUACAUGGUGUUGAGGAAGGGCCUGAAGCCGAUAAGGAGCGCCAUCAACAAUGUGCUCCUGCGCCUGAUGCAGACGGGCGUCCUGUCGCAGCUGAAGCGACGCUGGCUCCGCGGUAGCCGGCAGCUCUGCCCGGACCAGCAGCCAGCCGUCCGGUCUCUGACGCUGGCCGACAUGCUGGUCGUGGUCAUCAUUGUGCCGCUGGCCGCGAUCGGAGCUGGUCUCGUGCUGGCCGGGGAGCUGCUGACCAGCCGCCUGAGUCGCCGGCCGUGGCGGGGUCAUCGGCUGGGUCAACGUCCGGGUCCACCGUCGGCAGCGGUGCGGCGUCGCACCACCUCGAAGUAA